UUCAUGAGCUUUUCAACACUAAGGCCAUCAGCCGUCAUCCAGAGAACGUAUAACAUAUAUAUUCAUAUAUAUUCUACGUUCUCUGGUUGUCACGAUUUGUCAUUCUCUUAGCGGCGUUUUGUCUGGAAACGUGUUUUUUUUUGCUACACGUGUUUAAUAGUUUUUCAUCAAUUUUGAAGUAAUUUGGCAUACAUUUUGCACAGUGAUAAAUCUUCCAAGGGUGCUAAUUCAUUUUCAAUAUAGAUAAAAUGGCUGAUGUCGCAGAAAAUCCCGUGGACGAGGUGAAAAAUGAUACUUCGGAAGAGGUUGAGGAGGUAGCAACUGAAACUUCCAAGAAAAUUACAAAGGAAAGUAAUGAUGCUUCUAAUGCAGAAAAGGAUGCAAAUACAGUGGAAAAGAAUGAUGCUGCCGAAGCAAAGAAAGAAAGUUCUGAAGAUGAUAAGUCUGAUGGGAAUAUCACUAAACGUGAACGUGCCAUCAUACGACAAGUGGAGUAUUAUUUCAGUAACGCUAAUUUAAGGCGCGACAAGUUUUUGUUAGAACAGAUUUCGAAAAACGAAGAAGGCUGGGUACCUCUUUCAGUUCUAUUAACCUUCAAACGUUUAUCAUCAUUAAGCACCGAACCGAAAGUAAUCAUCGAUGCCAUCAUUAAGUCUGACGAAGGUUUGCUUGAAAUUAGUGAGGAUAAGGAAAAGCUACGACGUCAUCCAGAGCGUCCAAUCCCUGAACAUAAUGAGGAGCAACGUAAGGAAGUACAAUCGCGAACUGCUUACGCUAAAGGUUUUCCCCUUGAAACCACCAUGUCUGAGCUAAUAGAUUAUUUCGCACCUUAUGAAAAGGUUGUACACAUUACUAUGCGCAAAUACCUUGAUAAACCCACCAAAACAUAUAAAUUCAAAGGCAGCGUGUUUGUCACAUUCGACAAAAAGGAGCAAGCGCAAGAGUUCAUUGAAAAGGAUAAGGUACUUUACAAUGAACGCGAACUCAUACGUAAGUGGCAAGAAAAAUACUUUGAAGAUAAAAAAGAAGAAUCGAAAUCUAAAGAAAAAUCCAAGAAGGGUAAAGAAAAGAAAGAAGAGGAUAAGUUACAAUUGCCCAAAGGCAGUGUUGUAUACUUUGAAAACAGCACGGAUAUUGUGACACGUGAGCUGUUGCGAGAGGCUGUGGAAAAAGUUUCUGGUGACUGGGAAAUCGCCUACAUAGACUAUAGCAAAGGCGAUAAAACAGGUCAUAUCCGUUUUGCUGAACAGGACAAUGGUUCAAAGUUCCUUGAAAAACUAAAGGAAAACAAGCUAAAAUUGAGUGAUGAGUUGGAGCUUGUUUUACGUACUCUAUCAGAAGAAGAAGAGAAGAUUUACUUGGCCAAGGCUGUAGAACAAAUGAAAAGUCGACGAAAUUAUCACAACAAAAAUAAGUUCGGACAUGGUAAUCGGAAGCGUCGCGGUGGUCACGACAAUCGCAAUGAUGAGAAGAGAAGGAAGUAAAAGGAAUAAAUGCAAAACUAAUGCUGUAGUAAUACGCCUGCAAUGAGUGAUCGAGUACAUUUUAUAUUUAUAUGCAUAGUUAUAUAUAUAUAAAGAUUAGGGCAUAGGAGUAAUGUAAUGUCAUAAGGAAAUGGCAUAUUCGUAUUUCCCCGUUUUUUAAAUUCUAAAGAAUUCGCACGUUUCUCGAACAUGAAUAUGUUUGCAUUUUAAGUCUGACGCUUGAUUUUUUUUUUCAUUGAAUUUCUGAAUGUGUGCAAAGCGAACAUUAUUUGAAAUUGAAAUUUUGGUACGUUUUUAGAAAUAAACAAUACAUUACUACAACAAUUUAUCGAAAGCCUAGUAUAAAGAACUCUUUUUAAUAAAAUAUUAUAUAACAUCAAAUGUAUUGUUAGUACUACGUUAUGUAAAAUACAUUUUAUGUAUUCAACGUUUGGCUCGAAUUCGCCAAUGAAAAUAAACGAAAAGGAAAGUUUCAUAAAUCAAAAACGAA